CUAGAUUCAACAGAAAAGCGUUCGAGUGGUACUACGCAAGACUCGACCACUGCAACAGAUAGGAACUGCCCUAUCUGGCCUGGUAAUCCCGGAAAGAUCGGCGUGCUGUCGGCAUCUCCCGCAUCCACUGCUGGCCGUCGGACACACGCACCAGGUACCCGCAUUUGCGCAAAGAGCCCCGAGCCCCAAGCCUCACGCACAUAUAACACCCCCUCCGCGGGCCUGAAUGGCCAGCGCCGCUGGAGCUCCCAUCCAAAGCCGGCCCUACCGUUCCCACAGAGUCCCAGCAUGCAUCCGCUGCCGGAGCCGCAAGAUCAGGUGCCACAUCGAUAUCCCCGGUGAGCCGUGCUUGUCAUGUCGGGAACGACGCCUGAAGUGCCAGUACGCGGACAAGUCCAGCGAUGGAUCUCCGGAGGACAUGAAUGGUGGGACGCGCACGCCGAAGCGGCAGCGUCUGGAUAGGGGUCCGAAUGAUGAGGAUGAGGAGGAUAGGCCAAGGAGCGCGCCGGUGCUGCAUCGUCCGAGUAAUCACCCUUCUGCCAGUAUCAUUCUGGCGCCGCAUGUGGCUGAAGACGUGGAUAUCCUGCAGAGACACAUGUCUCAACAUCGACCGCCUGAGGGAUCGGGAUCAGAUGCAGGGCAGUACCGCACACUGAAUCAGGACACGACUGAUCCCAUUGUCUACCUCACUGUUCCACGAUUCCGGAGCGGUUUGGCACCGGAGCUGGGCGCCGGGAAAGAGCAGCUGGAGAUCCUACAGCAGCUGAUGGGCCCGUUUAAGAGAGAAGUCGUUGAUUUGUUCUUCUCUUGUAUGCAUUACGCAUUCCCUGUGAUGGACGAGGAGUCGUGCUUUCUGCUGAAGAAGGGCCAGCUCGAUAAGGUCAGCAAGAACUUGGUCUGCGUUGUGCUAGCGAACGGCACCGCGAACUGGUUCCUGAGCGAUACGUUGAAGAUGCAUCCGAAGCCAGACCUGCAUUAUAUCUGGAAUAAGGCAAUCAGCGCGCUCCAUGAGGACUUCCUAAGCCCCAGCAUGGCCACAGUCAACGCCUCAGUGCUCGACCAAACUGGCCGUCCCUCGGUCUCCAUCAUGGGCAACCUCACCCUCUGCGGACGCACAAUCUCCCUCGCCCAAACAUUCGGCCUCCACCGCGACCCCACAAAAUGGAACAUUACCGAGACCGAGAAGCAAAACCGCAUCCGCUCCUUCUGGGGCGUCCUCAUCACGGACUACUGGAGCUCCAUCGCCUACGGCGUCCUCCCCCACAUUGGCAAGCGCUUCUACGAUGUCCCCCUGCCCACUAUCGACGCCCUAAUGCCGCUCCGCGCGACCCCCGCCCAGCGCUGCGCAACAAUCUCCUUCGUCCACUUAUGCGCACUGACCGAGCUCCUCGGCGAUAUCCUGCCCUUGGUCUACGAAAUCAACCCCAACCGCGCGACCCUCUCCGACACGGUAGCCUCUCUCAAAGCCCAGCUGAAGAAACUCGAGGACCAGCUCCCAGACUGGCUCCCCCUCCCCAACAAACCCGGCACCUCGAAUCUCUGGUUCUGCUUCCUCUCUGUGCGCCUGCUACUCAGCCGGGUGAACCUGCGCGCCGCCGUUCUGGCAGACGAACCCGCGCUCAAGAAAGCCCGGUUUGACGAGCUGAGGCAAGCUUCCACCGCGAUAUUGGACUACAUCUGCUUCCUUGGCCAAUCCCAGUUCCAGGACUUCUGGCUCCCCUACGCCACGCACCUUCUCGUGCACGCCGUCACCGUCUCCCUCCGAUGUGCUGUCGAAACGUCCGACGUCGAGCAACGCACAUCCUCCGUCUCGACACUCGAACGCUUCAUCGCGCACAUCCAGCACGCGCGGGACAACUACGACUGGGACAUUGCCGGCUACACGCUCGAGCGGUGCGGCGAGAGCGUGGCAAAGAUUGCGAGUUUGACGGCAAGAGGCGACGGGCCGCCGCCGGAGGCUAUAUUGGUUAUGCCUGAGCGCCCGCAGGAUCCGGAGGAAGCCCUCACGGGCCCGGUAAUGGAGGAUGGCGGACUGUUGCUGAGCGAUUUGCUGGAUCCGAAUGCGUUUGAUUUCAGUUGGGAGGCUUUGUGGAACACGCCGAGUGGAAUGACGAACUUUGCGCUCUAACCUCGGGCGGCGGGCAGAGGUGGGUCAAGGUUGCAACGGAAGUGGUCGCAGAUGGCGGAGUGAAAAACGGUGCGAACAGGCAGGAGAGAUGAAGGAUAACUACGAAAGGGUAGUGUUAUGUAGCAUAUACCAUAUAAUCACCCCAAUUUUGAGGAACACCC